ACGCGCCCCCCAAUAGGAGAAUGACUGCGAUUCGAGACCCUCGGCGGCCGAGCAUGUGGAUGUAAGUGCGAGGCUGGCGAGCACCGUGUGGGUGGGGGUUGGUGGUGGGGGGAGAUUCUGAUGCAAUCGGCUCCGAAAGGAGGAGAGACAGGAGAGCGCGGGCUGGGGCAGCCACGCCGCUCCGCCUGAAGGUCGCCGCCCUUCACCUUCCUCGGAAAUCCGCCACGCCACGCUGAGCCUCCCUGCCCAGACCUCACUGACGGAGGCCACCUUUCCUCCGCUGAGGCAGCCAGACCUUGACACAAAGGACAUCGCACGGCCGGGGGAAAAUCCCGGAAGGGCGGAUACCUUGACGUCUCCUUUUGCCACUUUUCCUUUAUUGCCCGAGAUAUUUAUCGAGUGCCUACUGUGUGCUAGGCACUAUAUCUAUGUGUGUAGAAAAAUCCUUGAAGGUUAUACUCCAAUAUAUAUACAGUGAUCAUCUCUGCUUGCUGAGAUAACAGGGGUGUGAACCUUAUAUUUUUGCUGCUAUCCAUUUGUAAAUACACUCAGAAAAGGAGGAUUUGGACGACAGGCACUUUCUAAACAUGAUGCAUUUCAAAAGUGGACUCGAAUUAACUGAAUUGCAAAACAUGACAGUGCCCGAAGAUGAUAACAUUAGCAAUGAUUCCAAUGAGUUCACCGAGGUAGAAAAUGGUCAGAUAAAUAGCAAGUUUAUUUCUGAUCGUGAAAGUAGAAGGAGUCUCACGAACAGCCAUUUGGAAAAAAAGAAAUGUGAUGACUAUAUUCCAGGAACAACCUCCUUGGGCAUGUCUGUUUUUAACCUAAGCAACGCCAUUAUGGGCAGUGGGAUUUUGGGACUCGCCUUCGCCCUGGCAAAUACCGGAAUCCUACUUUUUCUGGUACUUCUGACUUCAGUAACACUGCUGUCUAUAUAUUCAAUCAACCUUCUGUUGAUCUGUUCAAAGGAAACAGGCUGCAUGGUUUAUGAAAAGCUGGGAGAACAGGUCUUUGGCACCACAGGGAAACUUGUCAUCUUUGGGGCCACCUCCCUACAGAACACUGGAGCGAUGCUGAGCUACCUCUUCAUAGUAAAAAAUGAACUACCCUCUGCCAUAAAGUUUCUAAUGGGAAAGGAAGAGACAUUUUCAGCCUGGUACGUGGACGGCCGCCUUCUGGUGGUGGUAGUUACCUUUGGCAUAAUUCUCCCUCUGUGUCUCUUGAAGAACUUAGGCUAUCUUGGCUAUACUAGUGGAUUUUCCUUGAGCUGUAUGGUUUUUUUCCUAAUUGUGGUUAUAUACAAGAAAUUUCAAAUUCCCUGCAUUGUUUCAGAGCUAAAUUCAACAAUAAGUGCUAAUUCAACAAAUGCUGGCAUGUGUACGCCAAAAUAUGUUACCUUCAAUUCAAAGACCGUGUACGCUUUACCAACAAUUGCGUUCGCAUUUGUCUGCCACCCGUCUGUCCUGCCAAUUUACAGCGAGCUUAAAGAUCGAUCACAGAAAAAGAUGCAGAUGGUUUCAAAUAUCUCCUUUUUCGCCAUGUUUGUUAUGUAUUUCUUGACUGCCAUUUUUGGCUACUUGACAUUCUAUGAAAACGUGCAUUCGGACCUCCUCCACAAGUAUCAGAGUAAAGAUGACAUCCUCAUCCUGACCGUGCGGCUGGCUGUCAUUGUCGCUGUCAUCCUCACGGUGCCGGUGUUAUUUUUCACAGUUCGUUCUUCUUUAUUUGAACUGGCUAAGAAAACAAAGUUUAAUUUAUGUCGUCAUGUCUUCGUGACCUUCAUACUGCUGGUUAUUAUCAACUUGUUGGUGAUCUUCAUACCCUCCAUGAAGGAUAUUUUUGGAGUCGUAGGAGUUACGUCUGCUAAUAUGCUUAUUUUCAUCCUUCCUUCGUCUCUUUAUUUAAAAAUCACAAGUCAAGAUGGAGAUAAAGGAGCUCAACGAAUUUGGGCUGCCCUUUUCUUGGGUCUGGGGGUGGUGUUUUCCCUGGUCAGCAUUCCCUUGGUUAUCUACGACUGGACCUGCUCAUCAGGUGGUGAUGAGGGCCACUGAGACCAGAUGGAGAAGGCAACGGUCAAGUUACCACUCAUCAGCAAGCCCUCAUCGCAUCCUUUGCAAGUUUACAGAAGCAAACAGAAAUUUACAAGAUACACAAUGGAAUAACACUUUGGUAACAAAACAGA